GGCCUAGUCGCCGGCCGCAACCAUGAACUACACGGGCAGCUUUUACCGGGGGAACCGCGUCAACGGCAGGUUGGAAGGCAUGGGCACUUACACCCUCCCGACAGAAACCAAGUACGUUGGUGAGAUGAAAGACGGGAUGUUUCAUGGUAAAGGGACCUUGUUCUUCCCCAGCGGAAGCAAAUACGAAGGGACCUGGGACCAGGGGAUCUCCAUAGAGGGGAAAUACACCUUUGCAGACGGUUUGGAGUACCAAGCUGAAAAAUGGCAUUACUGCGACGGCUAUGACAGAAGGUUUUAUACAGAAAUCUGCAAGGGUCUGAAGCCAGCAGGCAUUUCCCAGCUUACGAACUUAGACCCUCCUCGGACCAUCCCGGCAGGUUGCUAUGACUGUGGCGACGGUUUCUAUAAUCCCAAGACCAGAGUGGUUGUCGAUUACCAACACCGGUUUCUGAGGAAUGCAGAUGACGAUGAACACGAGUGGAUUGUGAGGACCUGCCGGAAAGGCUGGGACGAAUUUAUUGGUUUUAGGCCGAGCGAGAGGGGUCCCCUCGAAAGAAACAGCGAGCAAAGCUCCCCAUUGAAACCUUUGGCUUCCCUGUGCAAGGAGGACCCAGCACCUAUAAUUUCUCCAUUAAAGUAGUUUUUGUUACCUUUUCUAACAAAAUAAA